UGGGAGGCCCAUGCCCCUUAGUCAUUCCCCAGCAGGCCAAACAGGCCCAAGUGAAGAGAAUGACUCGACCUCCCCGCUCUCCCCGAACUAACGCCUUUAGCUUGAGUAGCUUCGCAUCCUCCGCUGUCGCAUGGUUAACGUCCGGUGGUGGCAUGCAAGGCGCCCGUCACGGCCAGCAAUGCCUCCAACCGGGGGCUACCGACAUGCAUGUCAGCCAGUGCUCCGCUUCGCUUGGGAUGCCGGGCCAGGAAGGCGCCGUGGCCCGGCAAGCAGUUCGCCACUGGCGCAUCCAUUUCAUCCGAACAGCCUUAACCUACAGGCUGCUUAGCUUCGUGUGGAGACUAAUACCUUUGUCUGUUGACCGUUCGCUGGGAUCGCGUCGUCCCUUAUCAGGCGAUGUACAUCCAUAGUUCCUCCCCCUUUUCGAGUCAGGUCCAAUGAUUGCAGUCUGACGGAUGGACCUAGGUAAGAGAAGGCCUUCACAUGCUCGCGUCGAGAUAACCGGCCAGAAUGGAACGGUCGGGUUGUUCCCCUGAAUCCCCAAUGGACAGUGGACAGGGGACUAUAACGGGCGCGAUUAUAACAUUCCCUCCCUCCCCAGGACCUAUUCCCUAUUCCGGAAAUGGCAAUCAAUCAUCGAGGCAGAGACAACCAAACUGUCAAUCACAUUGCUGAAAGUGAUCCGUGCAUCACUAUCAUUCGAUCCCAGA